AUGAAGCUUUGUGAGAGUUGGGCCGCGGAGUUCAGGCCCUGUGCAGUUCAGCUGGGGGAGCCGCCGCCUGUGGGCACGUGGCACCUCUGGAUAAGCUGUGCCGGGGCACACCCCCUCUUUUACCAGGGAGAGCCCCCAGCCGUGGUGAUCAGACUGUAUGCGUUUACUGUACCUCCUUCAUUAAAUGACUUAGAAACCGUGGAGGAUGGUGACCUGACCUACCACAGGGACUUUUCAACACAGGGCCUCUUAUUCUUGACGAAGAUUGAUUCUUUUAUGUGGGCUGGCCCUUCUCUGCCUGGUGUGCCGCACCCGCGCUGCCUGUCUCCUCCUGGCCGUGCUCCAGCCUUCUGGCGGGCGAGGCCCGGCUGCCCCCUCAGAGGGCCCCGGCCCCUGCCCCUGGGGCUGGAGACAAGUCUGGCCACAUCUCCCCGCUGGGAGCUCAGCCCACCCAGCUGUUUCCCGCAGCCCCUCCCUGACGCGCCCCGCCUCUGCCCAGCCAGUUUCUCACACGAUAAGCCCCUUCCUCCCAGACUGUAUUGCUCCAGGACUCCGUCUCUGAGCAGACAACUUUGCAGACUGGCUCUCUGGACAGGGAAGCUGGCAGAGGGACCUGUCUCAGGCCCCCUGAUGCCUCUGAGCCAGACCGAUGUGGGCACCGUCACAUGGACCACAGAGGCCUUUGGUACCAGGCACAGACACCUCUCCGUUGCUGGGCUGAGACUCAUCCAAACACAGAGGUGGAAGCAGCAGCAGAGGAGAAUUAUGUGCUGGGCGCCAUGCUGAACAUGUCCCCCUGAGGUGACAGGACGUGAGGCUUAAAGGCAAGUGCUUCCCCUAACCAGUAACUGCCAGAGCCCAGAUGGUGGGUCCAAGGAUAUGCUGUGUGUGGGUUCUGCCUCACCCGCCUCUGGUCUCCUUUGCAGCUGGGGUGAGGAGUAAGAAAUCAUGGGCCUGGGUGUCCGAGAAGGAGGGACCCUAGAAGAAAGACAGGAACAGACCAGGAAGAUGCCUCGGCUGCCCACCCCCGCAGCAGAAGCAGCAGCUGCUCCCACUUUACAGGGACCUUUGACCAGGCUCAGAAAAUUCCUGGCUGACAGGGGCAGGGAGUGGGGCUUUUUGUUUUGUUUUUAUAAUAAACUGCAUACAUUUAA